GCGCUCGGCUCCGGUGGCACUGGCAGUGUACCCGGUGAUAUCGUGAGGGGAGGAGUUCCGCUGUUGAAGCUCUCUCACUCCCUCUGGCAUCGUGACAAGAGUGCCAGACGCUUGGCACUUGAUUUACUUGUUGAGCCGUCUCUCCUCACCUGGGAAUGGGUUUACGUGCUUACAUAAUACCGCAGUUGGCUUGUGUAUGGUGUUAUCUCUUAUGAUAUAAUAAAUACUGUAUAUUCGGUAUGUAGUGAUAAUAGUAGUGAGUAUCUCAUCCCUGGUGGCAGCAAUGUGUGUGUUCUGGGUGUUUUGUGAUAGCUAGUUUAACCCGGAUGCAAAGUGAGUACAGUCAUAUCAUUGAUCAGUGAUGUAAUUACUAGGUAAGAACCCAUUGAUGUAAUACAUCUACAGGAUGUUGUUUGUUGGUAGAGUCCCAGUCAUUACACAGUCAGCCACUUACUGUACACUUGUAAACCAAAUGUUAAUGAAGUGAAGUUUGCAUCAGAAACGUGAACAGUUGUACAAGUUAUUAGUGUGAACAACAGUUGUACAAGUUAUUUCUAUGAACAAUGGUUGUACAGAUUGCACGUGUGAACAACAGUUGUACAAGUUACUCGUAUAAACAACAGUUGCACAAGUUACUCGUAUGAACAGUAGCUGGUCAACCUACAUCCCGUGAAUUUAGCGAGCCUCGGGCAGCUGUGCCAUAUUUCCAGUUACGUGAUCGUUUCCUCAAGGAACUGUGAGCCGAGGAGACUUAAACUAACCCGUAAAGAUGCAGACACAAUUCAGACAAUACUUGGACGUUGAGCGACUGUUUAAGGGAGAACUGUUGGCUGAUAUACGCAACAAGAUAGACCAGGGACUAUUCACCCGUCACCUGAAGACCGUGGUGGUGGGUCUGGUGCUGGCCUCCCUACUGACUCUCCUGCUCUACACCACGCCUACCACCACCUCCUUCAUCCUCUCUGCCACCUCCUACAGUGUCAGUGCAGGGGUGAUGAUGGACGAGGAUGAGCCACGGUGCUUGCCAAACCAGCACGUCAUGUUUCUCAAAACCCACAAGUGUGCCUCCACCACCGUCCAGAAUAUCUUCCUGCGGUAUGGCUACACGCAUAAUUUGACCUUCGCACUGCCAUCUGGGGGCAACUACCUAGGUAAUCCUAAAUUUUUCAAGGCUAGCAUGAUUCCAAAUAAGUUGAUGCCUCGUCACGGGAAAGUAGAUUUAUUUGCUGUUCACUCCCGCCUCAACCCGCCCGAGCACAAACGUAUCCUAUACAAUGACACACGGUGGAUUACCAUUGUGCGAGAACCUUCUACACUUUAUGAGAGCCUCUUCAACUUUUUUCAUAUGAAACAUGGUUAUGGAUUUGACCUGUCACAGUUUAGUACACGACCUAUGUCGGAGUUGGAAUCCCUGCCUAGAUAUGGAGGAAAAUUUGGGAAAAAUCAAAUGUUGUUUGACUUGGGCUACCAAGUUGAUAUGUCUGUAACUGAACUGAGAAGUGCCAUUGAACAGCUGGAUAAACUUUUUGACUUAGUAAUGAUAUCUGAAUAUAUGGACGAGUCACUUGUACUCUUACGGCACCUCUUGUGCUGGAGUCUUCACGAUGUGGUUGUUUUUGCUAAAAAUGCUCGUCGUCAAGAAGUCAAGCCCACACUGGAGCCUCAAACGCAACAAGCACUUCGGGAACUGAACAGUGCUGAUGUGUUGCUCUACAACCAUUUUGUGGCUAAGCACCGCCGUACAGUUUAUGAGUUUGGAGUUCAGAGAAUGGCAAAUGAGGUAUCAGCACUGCGUAGCCUUCGUGACGAGUACUAUGAAGACUGUGGAGCGCGUGAAGUAAAAGGUCGAGAUUCUUCUCUUAAGUUCAAAGAGUACUCAGGGUUGGUCAGUGCUUAUGUUACAGCCAAUAAUUCUGACCAAAACUGCUUGAUGCUCUCCAUGCCUGAACUACCAAUAGUAGACUUUAUUAGACGACGUCAGAAAUUGUUGCUAAAUGUGGAUAAGUUGUCCUAGUACCAGGUCAGAUUUAAAUACAAUUUCAAUUCAUUCCAUUGUUAUAGCCAUAAAUCAAGCAAAUUCAAGACGUGACAUUAACAACUGAUUCAUUAGUUGGUCAGAAUACAAAAGAUCUUCCUUUAUUUCUUCAUGCACAUGGCUUCCAAUUCUGCAUAUCACAAGUGAUCUAUUUUUGUAUUGAUUUUAGGAAGAUGUUAAAGAAUAUGACUGUGUCUGCUGUCCCAUGUGUCAGCAAAUAGCACCCAAGUGCCUCCUGUUUGUUGUAUACACAAGGCUUUCAGAGUGUCAUAUUUAUGCUGCUAAUCUACAAGAGAAGGGAAAUGAUAUAAAUAUAAUUGAUACUUUUAUAUGCCAAAACUUAAAAUAAGUUUGAAAAGUAAUCAUUUUACUCGUUUCUGUUUUAUUUACUUUUUGCAUCGUGAUUUCAUGGAGUUUAUGUAGUACUGUUAUGAUAAAGUUUUGCUAAUGAUCGCUGAAUGUUCACACUACUGUCACCCACACACACCCCUCUCAUUGUUCUUUUACCUUACAGUCCUAUUAUACACAAACUCUCUCCCUCUGACUUUUACCUUCUUUUUGGAUCUUUUAUUUUCUUUCAAUCUUCCUUCUCAUUCCUCUCUACUUUCUUUAUCAUCCAUUUUUAAAUUAUUUAUUUAGCACUUCAAAAUUUCAUCCAACUAAAGUAAGGUAAAAAAAAAAAAGGAUGAUCCGCAUAUUCUUUUAACUUGUCCAAACAUUUACCACUCAACAUUUAAAGUAUUCAUUACAUUUCGCCUUUACCAACACCUUCAGUCAUCAGGUGAAGGUUUAUCAGACCCACAACAUUUAUGAAAACUGUGCAAUUGAAGGAAACCCUGCAUGACUCAGGGAUCUGUCAACCAGUACUAUUUUCAUGUUACUUUUUUAUAUCUUUAGAGAUCUGCGUCACUAAAUCACCCCCAGGCAGAAUCCUCUUAUUGGUAGAGGAUUUGUCUUGUUUAAAGGUCUGUUAAAGUCCACACAACACUAUUCGAUAAUGAUUUUUGAAGCAUUAUUUUCUCAUUCAGUCAAACCAGGAUUGUGGGUGUUUCACUUAACAGUGAGGUUUCAGGUCAGGAGGGUUUAAGUGGAGUGGACAUAUUUGAUAUAGUCAGGACCAGAUAUAAACAAUUGACAUCUUUCCUCCAAUCUAUAAUAUGUUUCUACUUAUUCAUAUUUAAUGAAAAUUAGGAUAUACGUAGUAAUAGUCUGUCUAUCUCCUUUUUAAACCAUUAAGGGAUUUGCUCCUUCUCUAUUUACAGUGUUUCACAAGCACAAUGCAAUACUCUGAGAUUCCUUCUCCAUUUUGAUUCCUAACAAUGGGAAUGAAUAUAGUUUAUAUUACUGUUAAAUAAAAAAAUAUAUCUGUAUGUAUACAAUUGUUAACCAUACAGUAUUUCUAUUGAGCAUAAUUCAAAUUGGUGAUUUAAUGGGUACUGGAUACCUCUCAGAGGAUCUUCAUGUAGACAGAUGCAGCUGUUUGAACAAUACAGUAUCUAGUUCUACGAAGGCUUUAGAAACUUUUUUUGUGCUAUUGUGCUAAAAUAUUUCUUGUUUGGACAUUUCAGUAGAAAAAGCUGUGUGGUACAAAAUUCAAAACCUUUAAAAAAGCAAUUACGAUUGACCUUGCUUAAGACAUCGUCAACAUAAGACAACUUACGAUAAUUAUUUUCUAGCUAGUCAUUUCGGGCAAUCAGGAAUUCAGUAACUUCAAACUGUGGCAAGAAAGAUAAGAACAUUUGGCAUACAGUAUGUGCUUAAGCUGAGUAUGGCAGUCAGAGACAUACUUACAAUGUACAUACAGUAGAGUGGUCUGCAAGGAUCAGACUUUUUAGAUCCAAAGAUCGACAGAUUGGCAUGUACCCGGGUCAGUAAUAUACCCCAAGUAGAACACGCAACCGCCUGACCUCCAUGUGUUAGGUCAGGCAGUUUCUUCAUGCAAACUAUUGAUCAAAACAUUCACUACUUCUGCCCUAACACACACACACACACACACUGGUUUUUACAACAGUUCUCUCAAUAUAUGACUUUCCCAUACAUUUUCCUUGGUAUACUUAUCAGGUUUGUUUAUUCAUUAAUAGCUUUUGGAUUAAUUGUUAUCACUUUUCCCUUUAUACAGUAGAGGGGACUUAAACAGUCUCUCAGCCAUGGCUUUGUUUUUCUUCUCCUUGUCAUUCCUGCCCUAUAAAGUCUUGUCCUCCAUUCUGUCACUCUGUUUUUCCCAUCCUUAGUAUUUCUACAUUGAUUCCAUCCACUCCUGGUGCCUUAUUAUUCUUAAGCUUACUUCCUCUUCCUCACUUAUUAUUAUAUUUUCCUUAUUUUAUUUUAAGGUGUUUCAUUCUUUCACUUCUAAACAGAUUAGCUCUGUCUGCCUUUCAUGUGAUCUGUACUUUUAGCAGCUAGUUAAAAAUAUUCUCCUCAUCUCACAAUCACUUUUUUCCCCAUAACAUGUACCCUUUUUUCAAGCUUAACUUCUAUUUAUAUUUAUUCACUUGUUUACAUGGUUUUCUUAUCCUGUUCACUUCACCACAGAGUACUAGCUACUUGUUUUCGUCAAAAUUAUGCAGCAAUCUCUCUAGUUUCUCCAUAAGUUUCAUCUGCUCAUCUUUUUGCAUUGUUUCAACAUUCAUUUUACUUUCCAUUCCAUAUCGGUGUACUCCUCCUCACUUGCAACUAACACUCAUACAACCUUCUCUUCUUAGAUUAGCAUUGCCAACCUCACCCCACCAUCUCUGCCUUCUGUAUUUUAUUUCUAUUCUUUGGUUCACAUUCAACUCAGCUCAUUCUCUGGGAUUGGCUCCUUAAUUUACAGGUACAGUACUUCCAUUACUCUUCAGUUCCCCCUACUUCACCCUAGUUUACAUGUCACCACUUAAUCUCUGUCCUUUUCCUCAAUCUUUCAGCCAGAUUUUCAUUCCUCAACUCAAAUAACUUUUAUAUAAAAAAAAUCAUAUCUGUAAUCUCUUUCACACCUCAACCUUCUAUUUAGUGUUAAUUUUCAUUCAAUCAAAAUAUGGUCAGACACUCGGCGAGAACUUCUUCAUAGCAAACUUACAUUACCCAUCUUGCACUUAUGUUUCUCCAAUUGAUAGAAUGGAAGAUGUGAUGUGCAGUGCUUUAAAUAUUAUCAAUACGGUUAGUACUUAAAAUAGAACCAACUGUGCUCAAGCUAGAUAUGAUCCCAAUUGUGUAAAAUCUCAUGGUGAAGGUCCAAAUUAAUAUUCCUGCAAGCUUUAUUAUCUAAUUAUUCACAUGAUCGCUGUUUAUAAAUAUAUUUAUAGGUCAGUACAAAUUAAUUGAUGCCUACUGUUUGAAAGUGAUGCUAGAUAGAGGCUCAGGAUCAUAGACUUGACUGUAAUAACCAACAAUUUUAUUAGGAAAACUCUUUUUCAUUAAUACUAUUUUUCUUAUAUACCCUGUAUCAGCAUUGUCAGUAAGGAUGACCUGUAUUUCUGAGCAGCAUUACGUGUCCUCAUCUCAUGCUUGUUUAUCCAGUUUUUCAAGCUUUUCUUUAAUUUCCAAUUACUUUUUGCUUUCCUUCUUUCCAACCCAAUGGGAUGGCUGGUAUUUAAGAUGUGGUUCAGUACAGUAAAGUAAAUAUUCCACACACACACACACACACACACACACACACACGCAAUAUGGCCAAAAUAAGUGGACAAAAUCAAAGCAUCAAUAAAGGUUUUAUCAACGUGUCAGCUUGGCUUAUAUUUGUAAUCAAUAGCAGAGAUGCUUCUUGAGUUACAAAGGGUAAUUUAGGAGGGUUUCUAAAGACAGGAAUCUCUUAGCAAAUUAUGUACUUUUCUCAGGAAUUACUGUAACCAUGUUUGGAACUUUGGAAGUAAUAAUGAAUGAGGUAAACUUAGCAUUAAAAGGGAUCCAUUUUUGUUUUCCUCUCCAGAAGUUAGUCUUUCAGUGCCUAAAACAGUCUCAUUCACACAAGGAAAUGGCUAAGCACACCUAAUAGCUGUAGAGCUGUAGCAUGGUUAUUUUUUUGUUUAUCAUUUCACCACUUAUCCGUUUACUAGCCAUUCGAGUGGUUGGCAGUGUUAGUACAGGAGAGAACCGGAGUCCAGGAAACCUGUAGUGUUUGGUAGUUUGAGUUAUACUAAAUUCCACCUUUCUCACGUGUGUCUGGGCCAAGCAUCAUUAUCCCUUAUCCCUGGCCAUUUUCACACCUAAUUAUUUUCCUCUAGUUUAUCUCUGUCUGCAGUAAAGGUAUUUCAUAUAAGAAUAUUGUAGCAAAUACUGUACAGUACUCUCUGAAGUUUUGCUCAUUGCACACUGACAGUCUUAUACCUCUCAUAAUCUUGUAUGUAGUGUAUCAUAAUAUUGAGCAGUUUUCUACUGUAUUGUACUUCUUAAGUAGGACCCAUUUUUACGGGCAAAUUUUCAUUAGUGUUUAUGACAGUAGAAGUCCUCCAUCACCUUAGGGCAUCCUUGCUGCGGUUGAAGAUGAGUUUAAAUUGAGCCCCAAGACCAGACAAGGCAGUGUCUUAAGACAAGUCACCUAAUCCCAUUUUUCAAUUUUUUAUAUAUUAUGAUAUUUUAUGAUAUUUUCUUAUAAUGCUGUACCUUUCUGUACAAACAAGGGUUAAUUGAACAGCAGGUAACUUGCCCAUUCUCUGUAUAUUUACUUAAUUAUGUGAUUUGAUACAGUACAGUACAAGCUUUAUGUGGGUUUAAUUUCUAAAGAUUUAUCAUAUUGUGUAUCAUGGUGUGUUAGUCUUCUCUAAUGAAUUAGCUGGAAAUCAAGCAUGUUGACUGGUGAGUACAGUACACUACAGUACAGUACAGUACAGUACACUGCACUCAAUAACAUUACAAGAAAUUCACUGUUUUCCCACGAUAAGUUUUCAAAGACCCAGUCAGGGAUUCUGCUGAGUCAUUUAGUCUCAAGUACUAUGACCAAAUCCUAAGGGUUUGAUAGUGAGAGGAGACAGUCAGUGAAAAUCCAACCUCAAGGCCUGUAUUAAUUACAGUACUGUACUAAACACUACUUUAUUGCCUUCAUCACAACUAUGAAAAUUUCCAACAUUAGGAAGAGAACUCACUGGCCCCACAACAGCCUCUGCUACCACCCUGUUUAAUGAGUGCAUGAAAUUGUAAAGUUUUGUUUUAUAUAUAUACAGUAUUAAGGAAUUUUUUUAUUAUUAUUUAUUGAUUUAAAGGUAUUGUACAUAAUAAAAGAUGAACAGUUCCAAAAUAAAUUGUAAUUCCCUUCUCUCUAGACAUGAUUGUUAAAUCUCAAAGAGGACUUUUUGAAAAAGUGCCUCCUAUUUUCUAUAUUGUUGGUGUUAUGUAAGUUAACUGCACAUGUGAUGGGCUGAAUAAAUAUAUAUAUAUAUAUAUAAAUAUUUUUAUCAGUAAUAUAGAUUUGCAAAUAAUCUUAUAAACUACAGCCAAUUAAGUACAGUACAUGUUUCUACCACUUUGUGAGAUGUACAUGCCUACAUUUGCUUAAUGAAAUAGAAUUUUUUUUUUUAAUAAAGUUGCUUACAAUGUCGGUCCUAUUUAUGUUGGUAUUAACUAUACUAAGCCAAUCCUAUGAGUAUUGAUAUUUCCUUAAAAUUCAUCAAAAAUUAAAAUACAUAUCCUGGUGGUAGGAACUUGAAUUGGCAUAGUCAAUAUUUUUCUUUAAGCAUGUGAAAAAAUAAAAGUCAUGCAGAAACAGA